AUUUGAAGAGACCACGAUCUUGCAUUCAACUACUGUACUUGUAUACAUGACUAGAAGCCGCCAUGUCAAACCAAACGGUACCAUUGGGCCAGUACAUCUUCAGAAGGAUCAAGGAACUGGGAAUUGAACAUAUCCUCGGAGUUCCAGGAGAUUUUAAUCUAACUCUCCUCGAUGAAAUCUACAAUGUCCCCGGUCUCAAGUGGAUUGGCUGCUGUAACGAACUCAAUGGCGCCUACGCGGCGGAUGGCUACACUCGCAUCAAGGGCUCUCCGGCUGUGCUGAUUACCACGUAUGCCGUUGGGGAAUUGUCAGCGAUGAAUGGAGUCGCUGGAGCCUACGCUGAACAUGCAGGCAUGAUUCACAUAGUGGGCAUGCCCGCAAGAAGCAUGCAAAGAAACCGUGUGAUGCUUCAUCACACGAUUGAACCCAACAUGGACCAUGCGAUCUACAUCAAGAUGGCAGACCCAAUCCGCAAAGAUCACGCGUACUUGAUGGAAGACUGCACCAUGGCCGACGAGAUCGACCGUGUCAUUGUUGCUUGUGUGCGGAGUCGUCUUCCAGUUUAUAUCUACGUGCCCACAGAUGUCGUCUCGGUGCAACUGGAUGCUAAUCGCCUUGAGACGCCGCUGGACACAACGGUCCGCAAUGCCGACUCCAAGACGGAGGACGAGAUUGUCAGCAAGGUGCUAUCGUUGAUCGCAGAGGCCUCGAAUCCCACAAUACUGGCUGACGUGCUCGCCAUCAGACAUGGCGGGCUCGAAUUGACCAAAAAGCUUGCAGAAAUCACGCACUUGCCCAGUUUCUCGACACCAUUGUCAAAAGGGGUCAUUGAUGAGACAGCGCCAUACUACUAUGGACUUUACAAUGGGAAAGCAUCGUUUCCUGGAGUAGCCGAGGCCGUUGAAAAAUCCGACUUGGUGAUCAACCUUGGUCCAUUGUUAUCAGACUCCAACACCGGCGGCUUCACCAGAGAUAUCAAAGACGAAAACCUGGUACGCCUUGGACAUGAUCUCGUUCAGCUCAAGGGCCAGAGAUUCGACGGCUACCACUUCCUGCCCAUCCUGAAGCGGGUUGUUGAGGAAUUGGAGGCACACCCGCAGAAAUACAAAUUACCACGCCCGCAACAUGCCGGGAGAGUUGAGGCACCAGUGCUCAACGACUCCAAAUCCGGGGAGCUGAAGCAAUCGUACGUAUGGCAGCGGCUUGGGCGCUUCCUCAAAGAGAACGAUAUUGUUCUUGCAGAAUCCGGGACCGCACAGUUUGGAAUGCCGGAUGCCACAUUUCCACGAAAUACAAGGUAUAUCACACAGAUAUUCUGGUCGUCCAUCGGAUAUACUGUCGGCUCAUGUCUCGGUGCUCUCAUUGCUGCCAAGGAGAUGAAGCAUCCUGGCCGGGUGGUGUUGAUAGUGGGCGAAGGAAGCCUUCAGAUGACGGUCCAAGAGAUUGGUACUUACCUGCGCUAUGGUUUCAAUCCCAUCAUCUUCGUCAUCAAUAAUAACGGUUAUGCCAUCGAGAGGGCUAUCCAUGGACCUGAGCAAGGCUAUAAUGAUGUUAGCAUGCUGUGGGAUCACCAGAAGAUGCUGGAAUUCUUCGGAGCAAGGGAAGACACCGGGAUCAAGGCGGAGAGUCGAGCAACGAAGACGGUCGAGGAGCUGGAGGCUGCGUUGAAUGACGAGGCUUUUGGGAGCGGCGACCGUAUACAGCUCUGCGAGAUCUUCAUGGACAAGUUUGACUAUCCCUGGAGACUGUCGAAACAGCUGGAGAUUGCACGGGCGCGGAUGAAGGAGGCGGCUUCCAAGAACAAUAUAACAGCGGGGUGAGCGUGAAUGAGAUGGCUACAGAUCACUGGUGGAUGUAUGUGGAGAGGCCUGCUAGACGAGGCUGAGCAAGGCUGUAUACGGAGGAUCAUAUCUUCCCAAUAGUACAAUUGCAGCCCUUGGCACCAAUGACCUCACUUUGGC